AUGAACGCAGGGUGCCCGACUGAGAAGAGCAUCCCAUGUGGCAAACAAGGAAAUUUGCAAGUUCCCAGUUCCAAGGUGUUACCUGGCUUGGAAGAAGGCUGUGAAUAAAUGUGGCUUCAAAAGGUAAUCUACGGAGGUGAGGUCUGGGGGAAGUCCCCAGAACCUGAGUUCCCCUCACUGGUGAACCUGUGCCAGAGUUGAAAAAUUAACAAUUUGAUGUCAACUGUCCACAGUGAUGAGGCUGAUAUGCUGUCCUACGUUCUGUUUGAAGAGCUGGUGCGAUGUGACAAAGAUUCCAUGCCAGAUGGAAAUCUGUCAGAGGAGGAAAAACUGUUUCUCCCAUAUUUUCCUUUGCACAAGUUUGAGCUAGAACAGAACAUCAAAGAGCUUAACACCCUUGCAGACCAAGUUGACACCACUCGCAAAUUGCUUACCAAGACCAGCCUGGUGGCCAGCUCUUCCAGGGCUGUUUCUGGGGUCAUGAACAUCCUGGGUUUGGCCCUAGCACCUGUGACAGCAGAAGGCAGUCUCAUGCUCUCAGCAGCUGGGACAGGGUUGGGGGCAGCAGCUGCCGUCACCAACAUAGUAACAAAUGUCUUAGAAUUUAGAAGCAAUUCAGCAGCAACAGACAAAGCCAGUCGACUGGGGCUUCUGACAACAUCACAUGAGGCUUUCGGAGGAAUAAAUUGGUCUGAAAUCGAGGCUGCUGGCUUUUGUGUUAAUAAGUGUGUAAAAGCCAUCAAGGGCAUCAAGGACCUUCGUGCCUACCAGAUGGCCAAAUCCAACUCUGGCUUCAUGGCUAUGGUCAAGAAUUUUGUGGCCACAAGACACAUCCCUUUCUGGAGGGCACAGGGCACAACUCUGGCCAUGACCAAUGGUGCCCGGGUGAUGGGUGCUGCUGGGGCUGGCUUCUUACUUAUGAAAGACAUGAGCAGCUUCCUGCAGAGCUGGAAGCACCUGGAGGAUGGGGCGAGGACGGAGACAGCAGAGGAACUGAGGACACUUGCUAAGAAGCUGGAGCAGGAGCUAGACUGGCUCACCCAGCGCCACUGGCACCUGCUGCAGAAGGCGAGCCGGACCUGUUUCAGCUGUCGGGGCAGGGCUGUUUGAGGAUCCCAUGUGGUUAAACCAGAAGGGUCUCGCUCACCUCUCCCCUGGCCUGUUGUGGAGCACCAGCCUAGGCUGGGCCGUGGCGGGGCACUGAGGACACCAAAGAGGACAGUCUCUGCCCCAAAGAUGCUUGGCCACCAGCCAGCCCCACCAGCACCAGCAAGAAAGGGGAGACAGGCCCCGGGAAGACACCGACAAUGAGAAGAGUUGGUCACCCUGUCACCACUGAACCUUGAUCUAACGAGGCAAAAUGCAAGUCUUCCAUGAAGAAUACUGGGGGUAGGGAAACUUCUAGUGGCAAUGAUAAA